CAGAUUCCUUUCCGACCUCAGAGAGAAGUCCUGCUCCUUGUCCGUCCUUCCUAACAAGGUUUUCCUAGAUCCUCCCCAAAGCCAAGAUGAAAGCUUUCUUCAUUCUGAUCUUCUUCUCUCUCAUGCUGGCUACGUAUCAACAAGUAUGCAUUGGGAGUCUUUUUCUCCCAGAGAUUAUAGAUGGGAAAGAGGUGUGGCCUAGCGCAUGUACUGAUUUCCAUGAUAACAUAAAGCAUCUCAUUGGGUCCACCUGGGAGUCACAUGAUGGCUCCAGUUGUGAGUGCCGCAGAGAUGGAUUGCAUUGUUGCAGGACUCCAAAGGUACCUAUAGCACUGCCUGCCAACGUUUAGGGACACCAGGGACCGGAGAGAAAUUUUCUGUGAACCAGAGGACAUGUUGGUGCCUACCAUCGUCUGGGAUGCAAAACACUGGUAAAUCCAGAAACAUGUGAAAAUGAGUUCUAUCUGACUGAUGCCCCAUCAUGGAGCUGUUAAACUUGUUGGAUUCUCCUCUCUUCAUGCAAGUUUGCUUGAAUCAACCUUUUCCAUUUAAAUGAACCUGAAUAAACCCUUCAUCUCAAUA